AUGACGGGCCGAGACGCGCUCUCCGAGGGGCGCGCUCGGGGCGCCCCCGCCGGCCCGCGUCCCCGGCCCCGCGGCUUCGCCAUCACGGACCUGCUGGGCCUGGAGGCCGAGCCGCCGUCUGCGGCCGGGCCCGGGCCCGCGUCGGGCUGCGGGGGCCCGGCAGUCGCGCCCCGGCCCAGCCCCGGGCUCGGCGGCCCCCGCCUGGCGCUCGGGCCGCUCCCGCUGGGGCUCGGCCUCCUCUGCGGCCUCGGCGCGCAGCCCCCCGCGGCCGCCCGGGAGCCCCGCUUGAUCCUCGCAGCCGACGUGCCGCGCCCGGACCCCGCGCCGGCCCCGCCGCUGGCCCGCCGCCGCCCGCCGUCCCCGCGGGGCCGCCAGAAGCGCAGCGACAGCGUCUCCACGUCGGAUGAGGAAAGUCUACCUGAAAACAGGAGUAACCUGAAGGUGUCCCUCAGCCCUGGCAAGAGGAAGAAGAGGCGGCACAGGACUGUCUUCACCACCCAGCAGCUGGAAGAGCUGGAGAAGGCGUUCGGCGAGGCGCACUACCCCGAUGUGUAUGCCCGGGAGAUGCUGGCCAUGAAAACGGAGCUCCCUGAGGACCGAAUACAGGUCUGGUUUCAAAAUCGGAGGGCCAGGUGGCGGAAGCAGGAGAAGCGCUGGGGCGGCAGCAGCGUGAUGGCCGAGUACGGGCUCUACGGGGCCAUGGUGCGACACUGCAUCCCUCUGCCGGACUCUGUCCUCAACUCCGCGGAGGACAGCCUGGCCGGUUUCUGUGCGCCCUGGCUCCUAGGGAUGCAUAAAAAAUCCUCAGGGAUGCUAAGGAAACCAGGAAAUGAAGAAAAGCUGGCUGGACUCUGGGGCCCUGACCACCUCAAGGAAGGUUCUAGUCCAAGUGAGGCCAGGUCCCUGAGAGUCUCCAAUGAAGCCAGCCCUGAGAAUAACGUGGAGGAUGCUGCCAUGGAUCUCUCCAGCCCCGCAUGGCAGGAAACCAAGACGGUGCCCCAGGGGACCGGUGCUCCAGGCUCCGAGGGGCUCCAGCCUGGGAAGGUGGGAGCCUUCUGAGGGCCACAGGCCCCACCCUCACAGGGAGGAAAUUCUUCACCGUGGCUUUUUCAGAAAACAAACGUUGUCCAGGACCAGUCGUCUCAGUUGGAUUUCUUGCUAGUGCGAGGAUAAAAUUCAAUGCCAUUUGUUUUAGAAGAUGAAUGGGUGACUCGGGAAAAACUCCAUUUUGUUCUAGAGUGGAAACCACUCCUGAAAGACACUUGAACCAGUUAAUGGGGUGUAAACAUUUCAUUGUCUUCCGUGGAACUUGAGGAGGGAAGAUUUUCAUUCAAACAGCAUUUUCACUGCUGGGCAUCAUUUGAGAGUUGGUUCGAUGAGUAGGUUAGGUCUGAUGUCCUCACUCUGAACUUGAAAACAUAAAAUUACUUAACUUCCUGAGAAUCAGAUGUCUUCAUAAGUACUGAAGACCCCUUGCAGACAUAUGAAUGAGUUAUAUUACCUUUAUCUUGAGCUUGACUUCAGACAUUUUGAUUUUCUUACCAGGCAAUACUUUUGCAUUCUCCUGAGUUACAUUUGAUAUGCUAUGUGUGUUGGAGUUUGCAAAAACAAACA